GGCGAGGGGCAGGCUGGGAAGCGGCGCCAUAUUGGCGUCGGCCGCGCUGUAUUGUCAUAAAUAGAGCCGGUUUUGUGGUGUUUUCACUACUUGGUUGUAUGCCUCGGUCGUAGGAAGUGAGGAAGUGAGCGAGCAAGCGAGCUACAAGCGAGCGGAGGAAAGUGGAUAGGAGGGGAAGGGAAGAGCAAGAACAGGACUCCAGAGCGAAAUACACUCGCCGCUGAGGGAGACGCAGGAAGCGAUGAAAGAGAUGUCUGCAAACACCAUGCUGGACAGCCAGCGUCAACAAAAGCAUUAUGGAAUCACUUCUCCAAUUAGCUUGGCAUGUCCUAAAGAAAUAGAUCAUAUAUACACACAGAAAUUAAUUGAUGCCAUGAAACCAUUUGGAGUAUUUGAAGAUGAGGAAGAAUUGAACCAUAGGCUGGUUGUUCUUGGUAAACUGAACAAUUUAGUAAAAGAAUGGAUUUCUGAGGUCAGUGAGAGUAAGAAUCUCCCACCUUCUGUUGUGGCUACUGUUGGUGGAAAAAUUUUCACUUUUGGCUCCUACAGACUUGGAGUACACACCAAAGGAGCUGACAUUGAUGCACUUUGUGUAGCUCCAAGACAUGUGGAGAGAUCUGAUUUUUUUCAGUCUUUUUUUGAAAAAUUGAAACAUCAAGAUGGCAUUAGAAACUUAAGAGCUGUAGAAGAUGCCUUUGUGCCUGUUAUAAAAUUUGAAUUUGAUGGAAUUGAAAUUGAUCUAGUCUUUGCAAGACUGGCAAUACAAACCAUAUCAGAUAAUUUAGAUCUAAGAGACGACUCUCGACUGAGAAGCCUUGAUAUAAGGUGUAUUCGCAGCCUAAAUGGUUGUAGAGUUACUGAUGAAAUUUUGCAUUUAGUGCCAAAUAAAGAAACUUUCAGACUCACCCUAAGAGCAGUCAAACUGUGGGCAAAACGACGUGGUAUUUAUUCCAACAUGCUGGGAUUCCUUGGUGGUGUCUCCUGGGCAAUGCUAGUUGCAAGAACUUGCCAAUUAUAUCCAAAUGCAGCAGCUUCUACUUUAGUUCAUAAGUUCUUUUUAGUUUUUUCCAAGUGGGAAUGGCCAAAUCCUGUGCUGCUGAAGCAACCGGAAGAAAGUAAUUUGAAUUUGCCAGUUUGGGAUCCUCGGGUAAAUCCAUCAGAUAGGUAUCAUCUCAUGCCCAUAAUCACCCCUGCCUACCCACAACAGAAUUCUACGUAUAAUGUGUCCACAUCAACUCGAACAGUAAUGGUAGAAGAAUUUAAACAAGGUCUUGCAGUCACAGAUGAAAUUCUUCAAGGGAAAUCAGACUGGUCCAAACUACUUGAGCCACCAAAUUUUUUUCAAAAGUAUAGACAUUAUAUAGUAUUGACUGCCAGUGCAUCAACAGAAGAAAAUCAUCUAGAGUGGGUUGGAUUAGUAGAAUCUAAAAUACGUGUACUUGUUGGAAACUUGGAACGGAAUGAAUUUAUUACUCUUGCCCAUGUAAAUCCCCAGUCAUUCCCAGGAAAUAAGGAACAUCAUAAAGACAACAAUUAUGUAUCAAUGUGGUUCCUUGGAAUAAUUUUCCGGAGAGUAGAAAAUGCAGAAAGUGUUAAUAUAGACCUGACAUAUGAUAUACAGUCAUUUACUGAUACAGUGUACAGACAGGCAAACAAUAUAAACAUGCUAAAGGAGGGAAUGAAAAUUGAAGCAACUCAUGUUAAAAAAAAACAACUUCAUCACUACCUUCCCGCAGAGAUUCUUCAAAAGAAAAAAAAGCAAAGUCUUUCUGAUGUCAGUCGAAGUUCAAGUGGCCCUCAGUCCAAAAGAUCAUCUCUGGAUGGCAGUUGUUUGGACAGCUCCAGAGACACUGAUAAUGGAACACCUUUUAAUUCCCCAGUGUCUGCAAGCAAACCUGCCAAGCCUGAUGUUACUCCUUCAGGAGAGACAGAAAGGAAUAAUGCUGAUCCUGCUGGUAUAAUUGUGGAAAAGCCACUGAGUGUCCCGCCAGCACAAGGGCUAUCUAUUCCGGUCAUUGGUGCAAAAGUUGACUCUGCAGUAAGAGCUGUAUCACCCCCAGCUGUAUGUACCAUUCCUACUGUAGUAGGACGAAAUGUCAUUCCUAGAAUCACAACACCCCACAACUCUACCCAGGGGCAACCACAUCUAAACGGAAUGUCAAAUAUAACUAAGAAUGUUACACCUAAGAGAUCCCAUUCCCCAUCCAUCGAUGGGUCUUCUAAGAGGUUGAAAGACAUAGAGAAGUUUAUUCGACUUGAAUCAACAUUUAAGGAAUCACGUGCUGCUGAAGACAGAAAAAGAAAAUCAGUGGAUGCAAUUGGAGGAGAAUGUAUGCCUAUUCCAACUAUUGACACAUCACGCAAAAAGAGACUGCCCAGUAAAGAACUCCCAGAUUCAUCAUCUCCAGUUCCAGCAAAUAACAUCCGUGUCAUCAAAAAUUCCAUUCGACUGACCCUAAAUCGAUCUUUAAGUGUGGGGGAAAGUUGAUGUUCGAUUAGUGAUCACAAUAUGUGGAAUCAAAAGAACUAGGGUUUGAGUCCUGAUUGUAUCCAAACUGUUCCAGUUUCCUGCCCUUUGGUGAGUCACGUUAUCAAUUUCUUUGUUUUUGAGAUAGCAGUACAAGUGUUUUCAAGGAGGGUGGGGGGUUGACGCCCCUAACUCCUGCAUUGUUCAAGGGUCAACUGUACAUUUUGUUAGAGUAGUAGGAGCCCUCAUUGUACUAGUUCCAAGUAGGUAAGAUGGAAAGGAAUAGUCUGCGAUUACAUGCUAUGUUCAGUGGUGUUAAGUAGAUGUGUUUGAUUUCAAGUGUUGAAACUAUACCCAGAAAUGUAUUUUAUAAAGUCAACCUCUUCUUCAGUAUGUAGAUACAUGUUCAUUUUCACAAGGGUAUUAAAUUUUAAUCUCAUUUUUAGUGACUGGCUCUGAAGAACAGUUUAUAACAAAGGAAAACAGUUAUCUGCUAGUUUAAACCUUAGGGACUUAUGUAAUUUGAGAGACAGGAUACACGGCUUAAAAUCUUGUAAAAUCAGGGCAAGAGAAAAAGGAGGUGGGGUUAGGAACCACAGCUUUUCAGGAUUGAAUACUCUCAAACUCUUUGAAAUUUUUUCCAUAAGAUGUUUCUCUGGUAUAUGUCUAAAAAUGUACUGUGGCUCUUAGCUAAUCAGGUGGGCUGAUGGAGGACUCUGGAACACUGAAUUUCUAAGUUUUUUAAUAAAUCAUAUGAAACUUCACUAGUAUUUAGAAAAACAUGACUGGAUUUAUGAAUGUCUCAUGUUAACUUAGAUUCACUAACAGGGUCAAACUUAAGUUCAACAAAUUUCAGCGUUAAGAUUGACCAGAGUAGAAUAGCCUAGAAUAAUCAUUAGAAAUGGUAAAAAAUAGAAUUAAUCAUUAAAGAUCCCAAUCCUUUGGUUUUGGUAGCAUUAAAGUUCUUAUUCCUCCAUGUUUGUGGUUCAGACCAGAAUAGACUGAAUAGGCCAAUAAACAAAACUUUAAAGAAAAAAAUUUUUUAUAAAUAAAAUUGUGUGUGUGUUUAAAUAACUACCUACCUAUUAAAUCUUCCAAAGCUUAGAAUUUAGGUCAUGAUGAUAGUGAUGACUAUAGUACAAGUGAUGGAAGAAAACCGGUCUCAAUAAUGGUAACUAUUUCCUUAGGAUUUUUUAAAUAGGAUUGUACAAGGUCAGAUCCUUCCCCAAUUGCCUAUUUUUUCUGAAAUAAUUUUUCUGAUAUAAUUUUAUAUUUGAAGUUAGUUGAACAUGCGAUUAUCAGGCUUACUAUAAUUUUUAAUGUCUUGCUGCAUUUUUGCUGCAAAGAUCCACGUCAUUACCUUAAAAAAGGACUUAGGAUAUCUUUGAGGUAAAUGGUGCUACAUCACUUCACAGUACUAUGUAAAAUGAAUGCAGCUGCUGUUCCUCUCUAGAUAGCUGUUUGUGUAGUUCAUAUUAAUUUUCCUGCCUUUUAUUUGGACUGUCUUAUUUCCUAGUUGUACACAGAAGCCUCAUUAUUUGUCUGCAAUAAGUAAUCAAAUAAACUUGCUUUGAUAAAUA